AUGGACUUCUCCCAGUUCACCCCGAACCAAAUUUUCGAAGGCGAGGUGUACUCGACGACCCAGGGCGAGGUCCAUUACACGGACACGUUGCAAAACGAGGUCGGGAUAGACACGACAGACACGCGCAGAUUCCAGUCGAGCCCAGUCCCGACAACGUACAGCCAGAGCCUGUGCGGGCAAACUCUUCUCGGGCCUGCAGUAUUCAGCUCCUUCAGCCAGGCGUGCGGCAUGCUAGAAGCUCCCGGCCUCCUUCCACUCGACCGCGCAAGCCUUUCUCUCGUUCACGGCGCCAUCUAUCACCCGCACCAGAACCCCCUUUGGCCUCCCGCCGCGGCGGCCAGCUUCGCAGACGGGGGGGCCUGGGGCCUGCUGCCGCCGCAGAGCGUGCCGUUCCCCUUCCAGCCCUGCGCCGACGCAUUGCACGACACGGCCCUCCAUCCGCACCCGUUCCAUCCCCUCGUGACCGUCGGCCCAGCCUUCUCCGCAGAGACGCCCCUGUCGCCCGUGUCGGGCGCGCCGUCUCCGUCCGGCGCCGUCAUCACGCCCCCCCUGCCCGCCAAUCUAGCAGGGCAGCCGUGCCGGACGGGCAGCGCGUCGUCUCCGGCCGCCCAGCCCGCAGGGAUCCCGGGCAGAUCCCCCCGCCGGGGCCCAGGAGGCGCCGCCGCCAACCUCGCGGCCCCUACCGCGGCCCAGCGAGCCGCAGAGGACCGCCAGCUCGUCGCCCUCCGAGCCAAGGGCGUCAGCUACGCCGACAUCAAGAGGGUGCUCAAGUCGGACAAGGCCGAGUCCACGCUGCGCGGCAGGCACAGACAGCUGACCUUGCACCCGAGGGACCGCGAGAGGAAGCCCUCGUGGUCCGAGAAGGAUAUCGCCCUCCUGGUCGAGGCCGUCCCGCGGUUCAGGAGGCCCAAAAAGGUGCUCUGGGACCACGUGGCGAGGUACAUUGUCGAGCACGGCGGCUCCCACAAGUUUUCCGGGUUGACUUGUCAUAAGAAGUAUCGGGAGCAGACAGGAAGGGACCACUAG